GGAGUGGCUUGAAGGCGCCACUCGAGAAUCGAGAUCUCUCCAGCCUUCACUCUUAAGAUCCUUCCAUUUUCUGGUUUUCGUGUUCCUUGGAAACUACCUCGUAUACUCUUUUGGUUGACCUCCAAAAAGCUGCACCUGAUAGCUCUUGGGUUUUGGGUUGGGUAUCCAAGAACCCUAAAGAAACAUGGUCGGAAGUUGUUUAGAUUCCAUGGACGCCGCCGUCAAAGCUAACAAUACCAUCAAGUUCCUCUACAGUUAUGGUGGCAAGAUUCUUCCCCGUUAUCCUGACGGCAAGCUUCGUUACGUCGGUGGAGAUACCAGAGUCCUCGCCGUGGAUCGUUUCAUCUCUUUUGCAGAGCUAUUGGUGAAGUUUGGGGAGUUAUAUGGAUCUUCUGUGAGUCUGAGGUGUCAAUUGCCGACGGAAGAUCUAGAUGCCUUGGUGUCCAUUACCUCAGAUGAGGAUCUUGCUAAUCUCAUAGAGGAAUAUGAUCGAGCGAGUAUGUGCCGAGACAAGAAGGCACUAGUAGCGGUUUCUUCUCCGUUAAAGAUCAGAGGUUUUCUGUUUCCCAGAUCCGUGAAAAAAGUCUCUCCUCCCCCGUCGACUACUUCCUCCACUAUCAACGACGCUACCGCGGCGUGGAAAUCGCCUAACGCAGCCGCUAGAUCUCGUUCAUCUCUUCAUCGAUUGGUUCUUCAACGAUGCCUUGGUGAUGUGUCCACGCCGAUGGGAUUCCCGGUCCAGAUCGAGAGAUCCACCGGGAGAAUACCUUACUAUGCCUAUCAGGCUGCAGGGACUCCGAGGCAUUCUUCCUACCUUGUGCACAACAGGAAUCACUGGCAAUGACCUAGACCAGAGGGGGAGAAAAGGAAAAGACAUAUUACAUGAACAGAAACACCGACAGACAUAGAUAGGAAGAGGAAAAAAAAAAAAAAACUAAAGAAAUUUUCUGAUGUAAAUCACUGUAAAACCGUUACAACUGGAUUCCUGGAAUCGAGGCCAUUAAUGGAUUUGAGCCCCCGAUUUUUCUCAACGGGCUUAAUUUGAUCAUCA